AUAAAUUUACCGACGUGUAUUGUCAAAUGACGUCAGUCUCAGGAUGCCAAGGUGGUGGUUGGACAAUGGCGAUGAAGAUUAACGGACGCUCGGUAAGCCUUCGUGCAGAUUUAAAGACCAUGAUUGAUGUAAAGUCCGUUCUGCGCAGGCUUACAUUCCAAUGGUCAGGACCCGACCGUUGGAAUGUUAUUAAUAUUUCGUAUCUUUUGAACUUUCUUGAAUUGAAUCUCUAGUCUGUAUUCAUUGACAAGCAUAGAGAACCAGAAGAGUGUUAAAAAUUCAGUAUAAUAUAUAUCUAAUCAUAUUUUACAACAGUAGCAUUGACUUCAAAAUGUAAAUAUAGCGUUUGUUUACAUUACGGACUUUACAUGGUCUUUAAUGAUUUAAUGUCUCAGUUAAUUAAGUUAGAAUUGGGUUUGGGUGAGCAUCAAUUAAUUAUAAGGUCAGGUUUAGGUAGGAUUAGGAUCACAUUUAGGAUUAAUGUAAUGUGAGAUGAAGGAUUAAAGUCAGAUUUAGGGUGAUUUUAACGCAUUUGUUUUUAUAGAGUACUUUCAAAUACAGUUCCUCUUAUUGGACGAACAAAAACACUCACAAUGACGAUGCCUAUGGACGAAACGGCGGUUUAGACAACCGAGAAUAUAAAGAAUCGUCUUACUGGAGAACCUCAUUUAAAGAAAUAUGUGUUGGUAUGAAAUAUGGUGGUCGUUUAAGAGCCUUCUCUUUCUCGUACAAGGCAUCAUCGCUGUAUAAUCUGAUCGCAGACGGAAACCAUCGACACAUUCACGUUGGUCGCGCGCAGUGGAAAUCAUUGAUCAGUGGAUCAUCCUUACAGCGUAACUGCAACCGAGAGGGAUUUAACUUGCGAGGUGAUUCAACGCUGUCUAAAUUUAAAGUAACUGUAAAAGUUCGGUUGGGCAUUAUUGCAAACCAGCAAAAUGAUUGCAGUACGCCCGACUCUUACGUUGGCCUGGGAGCUGAAGGUGGUUGGAAUUAUCCCGUCGAUUCAAACUGGUGUCAGCCGCCAGACAAAUCUCUCAACUCGGCGGGUAAUCUUGCCCAGUGUAGUCCAGACAACGGAAACAAGAAUACCAAAGCCAUGGCAUAUAUACUGGUUCGUUAAAUAAAUAACUCGGUGUCGGUCCGAUUUAUACCAGAGAUGUAUACUGAUGCGUCGAAACCCAUCUGUCUAACGAAUCACACAUCUUAAGGCCCAUUUUGACCCAAGAAAAAUUUCCACGGCCAGAAAAUUUUCAAAAAAUAUCAUUGUUUAAUCACAAUAUGGCUAAUUAGUAUAGUAAAGGAACUAGAUUAAAUUUUCAAUGUUAGGGGACUAUAUAAUCACAUAGUGGUAAUAGCACGAUAUUAACUUUACUUUAAGUUGAUGAUUAUCAUAUAUCAUGGCUUUAUUUUAAUCAACAUUUUUCAAUUAUCAGAACUAGUUACAUGGUUAAAAACUUCGCAUUGCGAAAUGCAAUCAAGGGUUGCUACUUUAUGUAAUCUAAACUGAAGUGUAGGAAC